UGUGCAGGCGGAGUGUCCCGCGGGAGGAGCCUGCCAGUGGAGACGGUGCAGGCUCGCGGACUCACCCGCUAUGUUGGGACUGGGGCGCGCUCACCCCUCAGCUCAGUCCCCAGCUUCUGACUGUUUUCUCCUGGCAGGAGGCCACCCCCCUGCCACUCCCUGGUUUUCUUCUCUGGCAGCAAACGAAGCAGUUGCUGAGCCAGCUCUGGUUUUCGGGAAGUCAGAUGACCUUUUCUCCUAGUUCACUGCCUGUCACUGCCCUGAAGGUGGACACCAUGGGCUCAUUCAUGGCUCUGCUUUGCCUGUUGCCCCUAUACCCAGGCUUGGCUGCAGCUGCGCCCUCCUGCCCUCGGAACGUGAACAUCUCUGGGGGCAAUUUCACCCUCAGCCACGGCUGGGCCCCUGGGAGUGUGCUUGUCUACUCCUGCCCCCAGGGCCGGUACCCAGUCCCUGCGUCCAGACUGUGCCUGAGCAACGGGAGGUGGCAAACCCCAAGACCCGGCCUGUGGACAAAGGCCGUCUGCAAACCUGUUCGCUGUCCGGCCCCUGUUUCCUUUGAGAAUGGCAUGUACACCCCAAGACUGGGGUCCCACCCUGUGGGCGGCAACCUGAGCUUCCAGUGUGAGGAUGGCUUCGUGCUGCGGGGCUCCCCGGUACGGCAGUGCCGCCCCAACGGCAUGUGGGAUGGGGAGACGGCUGUGUGUGACAACGGCGCUGGCCACUGCCCCAACCCGGGCAUCUCAGUGGGCUCGGUGCGGACGGGGUCCCGAUUUGGCCAUGGGGACAAGGUCAGCUACCGCUGCUCCUCGAGUCUGGUGCUGACAGGGUCUGCGGUGCGGGAGUGCCAGGGCAGCGGCGUCUGGAGCGGGACGGAGCCCAUCUGCCGCCAACCCUACUCUUACGACUUUCCUGAGGAUGUGUCCCCUGCCCUGGGCACCUCUCUGUCCCACCUGCUUGGAUCCACCAACCCCACACAGAAGAGGAAGGAAAGUGUGGGCCGAAAAAUCCAAAUCCAGCGAUCUGGUCACCUGAACCUCUACCUGCUCCUGGAUGCCUCUCAGAGCGUGAAGGAAGAAGACUUCCGUAUCUUCAAGGACAGCGCCACCCUCAUGGUGGACAGGAUCUUCAGCUUUGAGAUCAAUGUGAGUGUUGCCAUCAUCACCUUUGCAUCAAAGCCCAAAGUAAUCCUGUCUGUCCUGCACGAUCAUUCCCGGGAUGUGACCGAGGUGAUCUAUCGUCUGGACAAUAUCAACUAUAAAGACCAUGAAAAUGGAACAGGGACCAACAUCUAUGAGGCCCUAAACAGUGUCUAUAUCAUGAUGAAUAACCAAAUGCAACAGCGGGGCAUGAGCAUGACGACCUGGAACGGCAUCCGGCACGCCAUCCUCCUCCUGACUGAUGGAAAGUCCAACAUGGGGGGCUCUCCCAAGCCAGCUGUGGACAAUAUCAAAGAAAUCUUGAACAUCAACCAGACGAGGAAUGACUACCUGGACAUCUAUGCCAUUGGGGUGGGCAAGCUGGAUGUGGACUGGAGAGAACUGAAUGAGCUGGGGUCCAAGAAGGAUGGCGAGAGGCAUGCCUUCAUUCUGCAGGACACGAAGGCUCUGUACCAGGUCUUUGAGCACAUGCUGGAUGUCUCCCAGCUCGUAGACACCAUAUGUGGGGUGGGGAACAUGUCAGCUAAUGCCUCUGUCCAGGAGAGGACACCCUGGCAUGUCACUAUCAAGCCCAAGAGCCGGGACACCUGCCGGGGGGCCCUCAUCUCAGACCAGUGGGUCCUGACAGCUGCUCACUGCUUCCACCACGCGGACAAGGACUAUUCCCUGUGGAGGGUCACUGUGGGGGACCCCCAAUCCCAUUUGGGCAAAGAGUUUGAGGUUGAGAAGGCAGUGAUCUCCGCCAGCUUUGAUGUCCAUGCCAAGAAGCACCGAGGCAUCCCGGAGUUCUAUGGUGAUGACAUUGCCCUGCUGAAGCUGGCCCAGAGAGUGAAGAUGUCCACCCAUGCCAGGCCCAUCUGCCUUCCCUGCACAGUAGGAGCCAAUCUGGCUCUGCGGAGACCCCCAGGCAGCACCUGCCGAGACCACGAGAGCGAACUUCUGAACAAACUGAGCGUUCCUGCUCACUUUGUGGCCUUUAAUGGGGACAAACUGAACAUUAACCUCAAGACAGGGACGGAGUGGGCAAGAUGUACUGAGGUCGUCUCCCAAGACAAAACCACAUUCCCCAACUUGACAGAUGUCAGAGAGGUGGUGACAGACCAGUUCCUGUGCAGUGGGAUGGACAAUGAUGACAAUCCCUGCAAGGGAGAGUCUGGGGGAGCAGUUUUCCUUGAGCGGAGAUUCCGGUUUUUUCAGGUGGGCCUGGUGAGCUGGGGUCUCUACAACCCCUGCAGCAGAUCUGAGGAAAAACCCCGCAGGAGAACCCCCAGCGGCAAGGUCGCUCGGGAUUUCCACCUCAGUCUCUUCCGCCUGCAGCCCUGGCUGAGGCAGCACCUGGAGGGUGUCUUGACCUUUUUGCCCCUUUAAUUAUGCCCACUGACCCUGGGCUGCCCUGCAGGCCCUGCCAUUGCUGCCAUGCUCCCCCUCUGAAGUCCUGCCUCAGACCCUGUGACCGUCCACACGCCUCGCCCUGAAGGAGCCCAGCUCCCCCUCGGCUUUUCGGAACUCACUCUCCUUUCACUUUCACGUGGAA